AUGCCAAAUCACAUAUGGCAAUCCCAUGCGCUGCACUCCCCGUCUUCGUCGCCUGCAAUUGUCUCUGACCCGGAUGAUCCCGUUGUUUCAGCCGCCGCACAUCUUGCUCCGCUCUGGCCCCCGGCAGACUUAGCCGGCUACGAUCUGUCUUCCUCCUCUCUGCCGAACCUUUCCCUUCCUUCUAUUCCCACCAUUCGUCCGCGCACUCCUCAUCUGCCUAUCUCUUCAAACAACAAUGACAACCCAGAUCCAUCAGCAGAUUCGGAUUCACUUCUUCGCAGCUUCUUGGACUUUCGUAUUAACGAUCCCACCAACGACACCGCUACCUCAAAUGCCCAGGCCAACGAUCUGCUCCAUCGAUCUGCUUCGUUGCAACCAAACCCUUUUGCUUCCGCUGCUCCUCGUCAUCAUCAAACUCAUCAAUCGCAGCAGCAGCAUCAGAGCCAACAUCAACGACCGUCUUCUGCACGUAUGGCCUCCGAGCUACGUGCAGACUCGUCGCUGAGUCAUUACCUUACUUCAUCUGCGGGGCCCAUAUCGCUCCAUGCCUCGUCAUCUCCAAAUCGGUCAGUCUAUGCCCAGGCGCUUGCUGCCUCCUCGCCCAUAGAUCUUUCCUCACAUCCUAUCGGGUCUCCCAUUCUCCGCCCGAGCUCUGUGCCUCCGUCGUCGUCGCCGACGAUCCCACCCUCGCCUCUGGCUAUGGGUGCGAUCCAAGCUCCGAAUCAGGCCGGCCCGCGCAUCAAGAACGAGCUUUACAAGACUGAGAUUUGUCGCACUUACGCGGAAUCGGGCGGAUAUUGCAAGUAUGGUGCCAAGUGCCAGUUCGCGCAUGGCCCAGAUGAACUGCGCCCCGUCCGCAGGCAUCCAAGAUACAAGACAAAGCUAUGCCGCAAUUUUGUCACGACUGGCUCUUGUCCUUAUGAGUCGCGGUGCCGCUUCAUUCACGACACCAAGCAGACCAAUGAGCAUAUCGUCCAUGCGGCUGCGAAUCAAGCCCUAAGCAGUGCCUCGGCAGGUGCCUUGGGUCAUCAUGCACACUUUCCAUCGGGUCAGCAGGGUCUCAUGGGUGCCAAGAAUCAGCAUUUGGUGGAUCUUCAGGACAGUUAUGCUUACAACUUGCGUCUCUUCGAGUCCUCUCUUAGUGCAACGAACCCUUUUGAAUCUUUCAUUGACUCUAUUAACGCGGAUCAACGAGCUGCUACUGCACAGCCCACCGACUAUCUCCCAGAUCGAUCGGCAGCACUACCUGCGAGUCAAGUUGAUUACGCAACAGCGAAUGUUUUUCAUGACUACCCGGACAACGUUGCAUUCCACAACAGGAUUAUGCAACUUUCCGGUGCCGACUCGGAUCUUCGCUUCCCAACCACCGAUUUCCCAGACCACGACCUGGUUCAUGCUGCGCAGCAAGUCUCCAAGCCUGUGACAACUAUUAGCGAGAGUGACAAGAUCAUUGGAAGCCCCUUUGUAUCUUCAAAUAGUGUAACACAGCGUGAGAGCUUGUUCUCGAGUGCGGGCACAAACAACCACGCCGUUUCUCCCCCCGGCCCGGCUACGAGUGCAAGUCUGAAACUGCAAACCGGGAAGAGAGUGGAAGGGCUUGAAGGGACCGCGGAUGCGAUUCCUGCUGGCUCGCCGACAUCGCGCUCACGUCUACCAGUGUUUCGCAACAUGGGUGUCGAUGAUAAUGCGCCGUAGCGAGCGAUGUGAAUCUGGUGUGCAGUUGGUCGGGAUAAGCUUGUACAUGCCUCUAUAUGGGUUCCAUUACUCAUAGACCUUUGUGGAGAUGAGAUGUGUCAAGUAUUGUUCGUUGCAGGUUUAAGUUGGCUUUAAUCUUGUCUGAAGAGGUCCCUCUAAUUUUUAUUUAAGAAGAGUUGUUCUCCGAAGUAACCCGCAAGCCUGAUAUCGGUUUUCGCGACUUUCUGUUGGGGGCCCAGGCGGCCCGAAAGACAGUCUACGCGUACUUUCGAGGCCAGGCCCGCUUGGCAGGAGAUUGUGGAUCUUAUGGGGACUUAUUUUCGCAUAUCCGGCACCAGUCCGCAAGGUGGUGGAAUGCAGAAAAGGAAGAGUCUUCGCACAUACGUGAACUUAUGUGCGGGGGAGGACCACUACUUAGAAUUGAAUUGUUUUUUUCCUGGUUUCAGUGCAGACCAGACGCAGAGCUCUGGCGCUCUUGCGAGAUGUCUUUAUUGGCAAGGUCAGGGACGACGAGGAACCCCAGCAAUCUUACAAACACUUUCUGUGUCAUGAUAGAAGAAAUUUAUUCGUCCAACAAGCAAUCAGAAAUGGGCGGAACUGACAAACUGUCCACCAUGCGGUGAUGUCAUCGUAUGUUAUCAUUAAUAUUGUCGAAGAAAACUUCGUUUUACUACUCCAAGGAACAUUGUCUUAUGUGUUUUUAGACUUUAGCAAGAGUUACUCACAAGCGUAUUAACCCUUAAAGUAUUAAGAUCGUUUACUCCUUUAGUUAGAGUUGAGUGAGGGCUCGAUCGAUGUCA